GCCGCGAAGAGCGAAGAUGGAAGAACCAAACGUGUGAUGUUGAACUUGGAAGCUCUACUUUAGAUUUUAAUUACUUUGAAUAUUUUCAUUUAUUAAUACCAUGUUUGUAACACGACAAAUUCCAGCUGAACAUAAAGAUCUUAUUCAUGAUGUAUCAUACGACUUUCACGGAAAUCGCAUGGCGACAUGUUCAAGUGACCAAACGGUGAAGGUUUGGGAUCUCGGUGAAGAUGGCCAGUGGAACUGCACAGCGAGUUGGAGGACACACAGUGGAUCUGUGUGGCGAGUGACCUGGGCCCAUCCGGAGUUUGGUCAAGUCAUUGCCACCUGCUCGUUUGACCGAACGGCUGCAGUUUGGGAAGAGAUUAUUGGGGAGUAUGGCAAGGGUAACCAAAGCAACUGGGUGAAAAGGUCAAGUUUGGUUGACAGUCGAACCUCUGUAACUGAUGUGAAAUUUGCUCCAAAGCAUCUAGGGCUACAACUGGCUACAUGCUCAGCUGACGGAACAGUAAGAAUAUAUGAGGCUCCAGAUGUGAUGAACCUGAGUCAGUGGUCACUACAGAACGACAUACAGACCAAACUGAGCUGUAGCUGUCUGUCAUGGAACAUGUCCAGAAUGCACCCUCCGAUGAUAGCAGUUGGAAGUGAUGAUGCCAGUCCAACAGGCGGCGGUAAAGUUCAGAUUUACGAAUACAACGACAAGACAAGGAAAUGGGUGAAAGUUGAAACAAUCAAUAUUGUGACAGAUCCUGUACAUGACAUCGCCUUUGCUCCUAACCUCGGCAGAUCAUACCACCUUCUGGCCGUAGCCUCUAAAGAUCUCAAAGUCAUCAGCCUUACACCUCUCAGUACACGGGAUGCCCCUCUAGCAGCUAAUCAAGUAAACAACAACAAAUUCACCAUUAAAAGAGUGGCAGAAUUCACUGAUCAUGAAUCAGAGGUGUGGAGAAUAUGUUGGAAUGUGAUCGGGACAGUGCUGGCCUCCUCAGGUGAUGAUGGCUGUGUCCGACUCUGGAAAGCAAAUUACCUAGACAGCUGGCGGUGUAUGGCAGUACUGAAGGGGGACGGCACACACCAGCAGGAUAUGGACCGCCUAUCAGGACUUGCUGCGCUCUCCCAGCAGCCAAGCUUCAACAAUAAUGCACAGCCGGAUGUGGGUGUCAGCGGAAGCGUCAGAUCACCUCCUCCUGUCAAAGGAAACAUGAACAUCAAGAGAAACUCAGGAUGGCCGAAACUUUAACACGAAAAAGGACCAAGGGAAGAUGUACUACUGACCUGGUUUGACAUUUAUAACAAAAAGGACCAAGACAAGAUGUACCACUGAACUGGUCUGAAGAUCAGUGAUGACAUUUAUAACAAAAAGGACCAAGGCAAGAUGGACCACUGAACUGGUCUGGAGAUCCGGUGAUGAUAUAACUACAAUGUAUAUGUCUUAACGAGGCUGUAAUAGACAUUUAGUGUUUAUAAUGUGUUAUUACUAUUACAUUAAUUGUGUUGAAUGAUGAAUAUUACAUGGAGGUGUAGCACAAAUAUCAGGAUGACUAUUUAUGAUACUACAGUUUUAUGAAUUUUGUUUAUUUUAAUCUUGUGGUACACUUGAGAGGUGAUUUUAAUUAUACUUUUUUCAUUUAAGAUUUGUACUCUGUUCAUUGCUCAAUUACAUAUUUUAGAGAGUUACUUCCCCUCAAUUGUGUAUUGAAACACCAUAAUGUGUUCAGUUCGUCAGGGAUACCCAGACUGGAGAUACUUGUGACCUGUUUUAUAACUUACACUCUCCCCAGGCCAGAGAUACUUGUGACCUGUUUUAUAACUAACACUCUCCCCAGGCCAGAGAUACUUGUGACCUGUUUUAUAACUAACACUCUCCCCAGGCCAGAGAUACUUGUGACCUGUUUUAUAACUAAUUCUCUCCUCAGGGCCAGAGAUACUUGUGACCUGUUUUAUAGGUAACACUCUCUCCCAGGCCAGAGAUACUUGUGACCUGUUUUAUAACUAACUCUCUCCCCAGGCCAGAGAUACUUGUGACCUGUUUUAUAACUAACUCUUCCCCCAGGCCAGAGAUACUUGUGACCUGUUUUAUAACUAACACUCUACCCAGGCCAGAGAUACUUGUCACCUGUUUUAUAACUAACACUCUCUCCAGGCCAGAGAUACUUGUGACCUGUUUUAUAACUAACUCUCUCCCCAGGCCAGAGAUACUUGUGACCUGUUUUAUAACUAACAGUCUUCUUUAAACUCUUCGCUAUUAAAUCUCUAUUGGUUUAUCUUUAGUAGUAAGUACUAGUAUUCCUCAUUAGUUUCCAUGGCCAUUGUUAUCAGCUGGACAAACAUUGAACUAUAAACAUGAUAUACAAACGAAAUCUUCAUCAUUUCGUUCCAUGGACAUUUACAUGUUACAUUAGUCAUAACACAUUACACAGGAUAUGGAAGAGUGUGUGUUUGUAUUCACAAGGACGAAACUGAACUUUUGUUAUGUUGAACCCAUUGGUGCUCAAAUCUUCAGUGUGUAUGUAGUUUCUCUACCUAUGUCAGUGUUUCUGUUUCAUAUACUUUUCCUCAUCUUUGUACAUUGUAAAAUGUCUGAAUUUGUAAAUGAUUCCUGUUCAUAGUUUUUAGCUCACCUGCCUGAAGGGCAAGUGAGCUUAUCCCAUGGUGCAGCGUCUGUCGUCGGUCCGUCCAUCUGGCAGUCAGGCCGUGUGGCAUCAACUUUUUCCUUAAAAAACUUCUUCGCAAUAACAAUGAGGCAAAGAGACCUGAUAUUGGUUCUGUUGCAUGCUUGGAUGAAGAGAUACCAAGUUUGUUUAAAUGAAUGACCUUGACCAACAUUCAAGAACACAGGGGUCAACUAUGCUAAAAUCUAUAAACAAUUUCAUGAUAACCAAAAGGCCCAGAGUACCAAUAUUAGGUCUGUAGCAUGCUGGGAUGAAGCCAAGGGCUACCAUGUUUGUUAAAAUGGAUGACCUUGACCUUCAUUCAAGGUCACAGGCACGAAAUAUGCUAAAAUAUAUAAAAACUCAGAUGACCGUUAAGGCCCAUGGGCCUCUUGUUUAUUUACGUUUCCCAAAUGUGCAGUCAAUCAUUUUAUAUUCUUGUUUUUCUUGUUGUUUAUAGAAGGAAACUUGACAAGUGCUGGACUUUGUGUUAUUUGUUUUUGUCGAGUUUUAUUUAUACAGGAUAACAAAGGGUCCAUUAUUCCUAUUACAUUAUAACCUGACUAAACCAGCCCGUCUAAUCUGGAGAUCCCUAUCUAUAUUGGCUUUGUUAUUUUGAUCUAUACAAUUUUUCUCUCAAACUAUAGUAGAUUAUCACCUGACUAAUUUCGACCAGUUGUUUUCUUUUCUCUUCAUAGUACAAUGUUUAUACAUUCAUCUAAAAACCUGUUUAUUCCAGUUAUCUCAAAUUUCUGUUGACACAUACUCCUAUUUUUCUACAUCUGUCGAGAGAUGAAAUGUAGCUUCGGUAUGAUAUUUCCCUUUUAUUCAAAUUUUAGAUAGACACAUGUAAUUAUAAGUUGUUCAAAUGCAGUAUCAUUGUCUUGUGUAUACAAUUUUAUAUGUUAAGAAUUGUGUAAAAUUCCAAGAUAAACCAGCAAAUAUUUCAGCAAUCUGGUAUAGACAGAUUAUGCUGUAGUAUAAUGUCAUAUUAACAUAUACUGUUAUUGUUUGCAGACCAAGUCCCAUUUGUAUUAAUCAUAUAUCUGUUUGUGAGAGAUAACAUCGUCUUGUGUUAUCCUUGAUUGGGUAAUGUAUCAUAGCCAGCCUUAUGCUUUGAAGUUAUAAAUAUUUUGUAUGAUAAAUUUACUCAGUACUGUAUUCUUGUAAUAAAGAAGUCUGGUACUCCUGGUUAGUACCCGAUUACAAUGGUGAAAAUA